AUGGGGCUGAUGGACAGCGUACCAUUACGCGCAGCGCCCGCCAGCUCGGAGGAGGACGUGGUGCUGCGGCUGUCCGAGUCGGACGGCGCUGAACCGGAUGGCGGACUGUCCGAGGACGAGGAUCGCCUGCUGCGCGACGAGCCCGCCGCCAAGCGGUCCUCGCCUCCGGCGCCGGUGUCGGCCGCGUCCGAGCCAGCCUCGCCCGCCUCUGCCGACGAUGCGGCGGGCGCCGCCGACCCGGUGGACUUGCCCGACGACAUGUUUGAGAGUGCUGCCGCCCUCAACGCGGCCGAGGAGGAGGAGGAACGCGAGAGGCGCGAGUCCAAGCAGCGUGCGCUCGCCUGCCUCGAGGCGGCCGACUCGCUGGACGCCAGCGAGAUGGGCGAGGCGGCGGAUUCCAUGGACGCGUGCGACGCCGGCGAGGCGACGGAUUCCAUGGACGCUUGCGACGCCGGCGAGGCGUCCGACUCGAUGGACGCGUCAUACCUGCAGGUGGCGGCCGACUCGCUGGACGCCGGCUGCGAGGCAGACGAGGCGGGCGAGCCGAGCCCAGCCUCCGGUGAAGUAGCCGUUCAGACGGACCCUGAGGAGGAGCCCAGCGAAGCGCUCUCCGGCGAGCCGGCCGAGCCCGACGACUCGGCCGGGCCGGACCCCGACGAUCCGGGCGAUGCCGACGGUCCGGACCCGGCGGCGGACGAUACGGACGACCCGCCCGCCGCGGCGGUCGUAAGCGGCCUUGCUCGCCAUCGGACGCGGCGCCCGACGCCAGCAAGGUGCGCCGGGUGGAGCCGUCUACGGCCGCUGCGACCCGCACCAAGAACUUCAUCGAGGUCAAGAAGGUCAAACUGAGCGAGGACAACAUGCGCCUACUGCAGGAGUCGAACGAGCGCGAGCGGCGUCGGCUGGGCGAGCCGCA